CGGAGUGGAGUCAGAGUGAAGGGCUGCACGCGGACAGACGCGCGCGGGCGGCGGAUCAAACACAAAGUAUCGGAAAUGCCGGGCUCCUCCACCCGGACCUCUAGCCCUCACGCCGACCCUGUGCUCCACUCCGACCCGCCUCACAGCGCUUCUGUCCCGGCCGGCUCCCCGCGGCUGCCCGACGCGCUCCGGAGCGGCAGUGUCGCACACGCGGACUGCCGGAUGGUGGACGUGCACGGCGUGCAGGUGGCGUCGUUCACGGUGGACGGCGCGGAGCUGGUGUGCCUGCCGCAGGUGUUCCAGCUGUUCCUGAAGCACCUGGUGGGGGGGCUGCACACCGUGUACACCAAGCUGAAGCGCCUGCGCAUCAGCCCCGUGGUCUGCACCGUGGAGCAGGUGCGUGUGCUGCGCGGGCUCGGAGCCAUCCAGCCCGGAGUGAACCGAUGCAAGCUCAUCAGCAGACCCGACUUCGAGACGCUGUACCAGGACUGCACCUGCGCCAGCUCUCGUCCAGGUCGGCCUCCUAAGAGAACACCGGGCGUGGCCUCCAUGACUGAUGGCUCCAGGCUCCUCCCACACAGUCUGCAAAGCCCCACCCUGCUGUCUCAGACAGGGCUCACAGCGGCAGCAGCGAUGGCCGAGGUUCUGAGGCUCCAGAAGAUGCGGAUGAUGAUGCGUUUCCAUGGCAGCAGUGUUCAGCAGCGACAUCACAUCAGAACCGAGUCGGAGAACGAGGACACGGCAGGAGGCAGCGAAGGAUCCUGGGAAAAGGAGCAGCAGCUCCUCUCUCCUCCCCCCUCAGUUGUAGCGCCUCCUGCUGGUUCGACAUCCCUACACUUCAAAACUUUGCAGCAGCAGAGCUCGCUGUUAGCCAACCGCCUGUCAGACCUUCCUUUUAUGGUUAUGCCACAUCCCAUCCUCCCUGUGGGCUUGCCUCCUGCCAAUGUUGCUAUGACGAUGAAUCAGAUGAGUCAGCUCAGUGAUUUAGCAAACAUGGCCGUUGUGUCACAGGUCCACACAGAAGAGAGCAAGGAGUCUCCUUUAGGUAGCCCCUCCCCCACUCCCAGCGAUGAUGAGCUCCACCCACAGGCACCGACCAGCCAAUCGCCUUCUAGGGCAUCUUCAUCAUCGUCAUCAUCACCCCUUCCUCCAGCACACACACCAGAUCUGGAUGGGGAGCCAGGAAGCAUUAAACAGGCUUUGAAAGAAAAAGAGGACAGCCUGCUGUCCCUCCCCCUCAUCAAACCAACCUAUGACAAGCUGGCACUCACCUCCCAGUCACUGUCAAUCAAACACACAAACCCCACCUUUGCUCCGUUCCUAUUCGCUGAGGGUCUGUCAUCAAUGGAGACGCUGCUGACCAACAUACAGGGUCUCCUGAAGGUGGCGGUGGAGAGCGCUCGCUCUCAGGACAAACGGAACCAGCAGGAGAGGAAAGAGUUAAAACUGGAGCUGGAGAGAGAGAGGGACGCCCGACAGACGCUGCAGAGACAGCUGAGCUCCGAGCUGCACACCAGAGUGUCGAUCCAGCGGAGGCUGAAGAAGGAGAAGAAGGCAAAGAGGAAGCUACAGGAGGCGCUGGAGUCGAGGAGGAGAGAGCAGGUGGAGCGAGCGCUCAAACACUCGGACGGCCUCACAGAUGCCGUGACUCCGGAGAGCGAGCUGGAGAACACCCAUCAGGAGAACGCUGCAGCUCACGGUAACAAAGCACGUCGCGCCAGCUUCCUCCACACAGACGCCAUAAUAACUGAGAGUAGUACUGUCUCUGACUCACAGCUCAGAGACAGUACUACACACUCAGUACAUGCAGUACUGAGUGUGUUAGUGACCACAGGUGUAUCAGCGGUCCGUCACACUCGUUAUUUCUUUAUCUUUGAAAUAUCUGAAUGUUGUAGUUUUUCUCUCUCUGCUGUUUAAACUCAGCUGUUGGUGUUUUGGACUCUGUGACAGAAACAAACUGAUCAGCAAACAGACAAAUGUUUACAAGCUUCAGUGCGUUUAGGUCAGUUAGGGUGAAGCCGUGAUCAGACCACUGCAGACGCUGAUGUUCGUACCUGCUGCUCUGACCUCACCUGGGCUGUGUCCCAAUCCAGCAACCGCACGCUUCGUAGUGCGCAUUUGGAGACUGAUUACGCCACAGCAACUAGACGAAGGGUGUCCCAAUUCGAAGUGUACUGCAAAUGCGGUCGACAAAUGCGCAUUUCCCCAAAUUUGAAGGGUGGGUCCGGAGUAGACUUCGUGGCCCCACAUAUCCCAGGAUUCCUAGCGCGGUGGUGGGUGUGGAUAUUUUUUUCAGAAAAAAACACCGGAUGCCUGAAGCGGGGCGGCCGAAGAGUAAACUUUUAAAAGUAAGUACUGAAUAUUAUGUCACUUAUUUAUGUGCAAAUGUUGAAUAAUG